AUGGCCGAAACAAAUGAUACAUCAAUCCCCUUCGAAGCUCUCCCACUCGACCCCCACGGCCCUCGGGGAAAUGCCUGGGGUCGAUUUGGCAAAGAUGACCAGCUGGGAACACUGAAUCUGCUCACACCCCAGCGAGUAGUGAAAGCGGCGACAGAGAUCCGUACAGGUGUCCGCAUCUCCCUCGACUGGCCGCUGAGCAUGCCUUCGCAUCCCAGCUUCAAUCGCGAUCCAUUCAAGCAGGAGAUUGUGCUUCGGACUCCGAAUUGUAUCUUUGAUGAUAUCUUGACCUUUAACAGCCAGGGAUCUACCCAAUGGGAUGGAUUCAGGCAUUAUGCGAACCAGCAGUCGCGACAGUUCUACAACGGACAUACCGCUGAAGAAAUCCAACACUCGGAUACUAUUGGUAUUCACUCCAUCUGUGAACACGGCGGUAUCACAGGCCGCGGCAUCCUCCUCGACUACGCAGAGUGGGCUUCUCAAAAUUCAAUCUCUGUCUCAGCCCUCACCUCUGAAGCCAUCACGCUAGAGAAUCUGCAAAAAGCCGCACAGCACUACAACCUCGACUUCCAAACGGGUGACAUCCUCUUCAUCCGUAGUGGUUUCACGGAAGCCUAUAACAAACUAAAUGACGAUCAACGCAAAGAGCUGGCACUCCGCCCAUCGCCGGAUUUCAGUGGCGUUGAGGCAACGGAGGAGAUGGUGCGCUGGCUAUGGGAGAAGCAAUUUGCUGCUGUGGCGGGGGAUGCGCCUAGUUUUGAACGGGCGCCUAUUCGAGGUGCCCAUGCUGAUAAGGGAUUCAAUCUGCAUGAGUGGGUUCUGGCGGGUUGGGGGACUCCCAUUGGGGAAAUGUUUGAUCUGGAGGGGUUGUCUAGGCACUGCCAGGCGGCUGGGCGGUAUAGUUUCUUCUUGUCGAGUAUGCCUCUUAAGGUUGUUGGUGGUGUUGCUAGUCCGCCUAAUGCUUUUGCUAUAUUCUAA